CCCCUCGCCCCCCCCCAGGAAGUCUCCUUUUUCUGCCCGUAGUCAGGGUGGGGACGGUGCUGACCGGAGCCCGGACUCAGGAUGCCGGGCGGGAGGCCGCUCCGAGAACGCCCCAGGCUCCCUUUUGUGUCUUCUCGGGACCAGGGCCGGCCCCUGCAGUUCAGUGCUGCCUGGGGAGGGCCGAGGGACCGUCCAGGCCAGGGGCCUGCCAGGAGGGCUCCUACCCUACCCAGGAGUUUUUCUGCCCACCUUUCCAGGGCCCUAUGUCGGGGAGAGAAGGAAAGAGUUAAUUAGACCCUCAAUGCACAUGGCCCCUUUAUUUACCAGGAUAAAGGAGGGAGGCCAUUCUCUGAGCCUGGGGUCAGUCCUGGACACCCUGAGGUGUCAUUGAGGAAGGCACUGGAACCCCAUAGGUUUGCUGAAGCCCCUGAAAUGACAGUUAAAAAGAAACCUGAAGUGAACAUCGUUCUCACUGGCCGGCUCAGCAGCGCAGUUCCUGCUUUAGCUGCCUGCAGUGGGAAACUGGAGCAGCACACAGAACGGCGUGGCGUCAUCUAUAGCCCGGCCUGGCCCCUCAACUACCCGCCGGGCACCAACUGCAGCUGGUACAUCCAGGGUGACCGUGGCGACAUGAUCACCAUCAGCUUCCGCAACUUUGACGUGGAGGAGUCCCACCAGUGCUCCCUGGACUGGCUCAUGCUGGGCCCAGCGGCCCCACCCCGCCAGGAGGCCUUCCGGCUCUGUGGCUCUGCCAUCCCGCCUGCCUUCAUCUCCGCCCGGGACCAUGUCUGGAUCUUCUUCCACUCUGAUGCCUCCAGCUCCGGCCAGGCCCAGGGCUUCCGUCUCUCAUACAUCCGAGGGAAACUAGGCCAGGCAUCCUGCCAGGCAGACGAGUUCCGCUGUGAUAAUGGCAAGUGCCUGCCGGGCCCGUGGCAGUGCAACACUGUGGAUGAGUGUGGCGAUGGCUCUGAUGAGGGCAACUGCUCAGCACCUGCCUCCGAGCCACCCGGAAGCCUGUGCCCCGGGGGCACCUUCCCCUGCAGCGGGGCACGCUCCACGCGCUGCCUGCCUCCGGACCUGGCGUGUGGCCGGCGGCUGGGCAGCUUCUAUGGCUCCUUUGCUUCCCCAGACCUGUUUGGUGCAGCCCGAGGGCCCUCGGACCUUCACUGCACGUGGCUGGUGGACACACAAGACACGCGGCGUGUGCUGCUGCAGCUGGAGUUGCGGCUGGGUUAUGACGACUACGUGCAGGUGUACGAGGGCCUGGGUGAGCGUGGGGACCGCCUGCUGCAGACGCUGUCCUACCGCAGCAACCACCGGCCCGUGAGCCUUGAGGCUGCCCAGGGCCGCCUCACUGUGGCUUACCAUGCCCGCGCCCGCAGCGCUGGCCACGGCUUCAACGCCACCUACCAGGUGAAGGGCUACUGCCUCCCGUGGGAACAGCCGUGUGGGAGCAGCAUCGAGGGCGACAUGGGUGACACAGGUGAACAGGGCUGUUUCUCGGAGCCACAGCGCUGCGAUGGCUGGUGGCACUGUGCUAGCGGCCGAGAUGAACAGGGCUGCCCCACCUGCCCUCCAGACCAGUACCCCUGCGAGGGUGGCAGCGGCCUGUGCUACACACCUGCUGACCGCUGCAACAACCAGAAAAGCUGCCCUGACGGCGCUGACGAGAAGAACUGUUUCUCUUGCCAGCCUGGCACCUUCCACUGUGGCACCAACCUGUGCAUCUUUGAGACGUGGCGCUGCGAUGGCCAGGAGGACUGCCAGGAUGGCAGUGAUGAGCACGGCUGCCUGGCGGCCGUGCCCCGGAAGGUCAUCACCGCCGCCCUCAUCGGCAGCCUGGUCUGUGGCCUGCUGCUCGUCAUCGCCUUGGGCUGCGCCUUCAAGCUCUACUCACUGCGCACGCAGGAGUACAGGGCCUUUGAGACGCAGAUGACACGCCUCGAGGCUGAGUUUGUGCGGCGGGAGGCACCCCCGUCCUAUGGGCAGCUCAUUGCACAGGGCCUCAUUCCACCCGUGGAGGACUUUCCUGUCUACAGUGCAUCCCAGGCCUCCAUGCUACAGAACCUUCGCACAGCCAUGCGGCGACAGAUGCGCAGGCAUGCCUCCCGCAGAGGACCCUCCCGCCGCCGGCUCGGUCGCCUGUGGAACCGGCUCUUUCACCGGCCUCGGGCACCGCGAGGACAGAUCCCACUGCUGACUGCUGCGCGCACCUCACAGACAGUGUUGGGUGACGGGCUCCUCCAGCCUGCUCCAGGGGCCGCCCUGGACCCCCCAGCACCCCUGACGGACACAGGCAGCGCUGGGGCAGCUGGAGAUGGGUCCCCCAGUGCCCCUGUCCAUACACCAGAGGUGGGACCUUCUGUGCUGCCCCCCUUGAGCCUGCAGGACCCAGAGUACAGGCCAGUGGACAAGGACAGAAAGGCCUGCAGGGACCCUCUGAUGGACAGCCCAGCUUCUGUGGACACGCCUCGGGAGCCCUGCUCGGCCCAGGACCCUCACUCCCUAGCCCCCACUGCCGGCAGCACCCUAGGCCCCCACCCACCAGAGCCACUGGGUGUCUGCAGGAGCCCCCCACCCCCCUGCUCCCCAACGGAGGCCAGUGACGACGAGGCCCUGCUGGUCUGCUGACCCACCAGACGCGCUGGUGACUGCCACAGCCCCGCCUUGUAACCAGGGAAUAUACAGUUGUUUCUACCCUG